AUGUCUCAAAGGACACCUGAUGUUGCAGAGACCGGUGUCAUCAUAUGCGGCGGUGGCCCGACGGGGACGGUGCUGUCGGCCUUGCUCGGGGCAAUGAAAGUGCCAAACAUUGUCUUGGAAAGGGAGAAAGACAUUACCACCGACCCCAGAGGAAUCGCCUUGGACGAGGAUGGAAUUCGAAUACUACAGUCAAUUGGGAUCUACGAUAAGAUAUACACAGAGAUUGGGACGUGUAUGGAGAUAUUCAACUUCGUCACUGGCAGUGAGCCGAAUUUGUACAGAAAGCCACUCCUCACUAUGGAUUAUACAACUACCGAGGGAGGCACUGGCCAUGUCGGGUUUAUAUGUCACAAGCAGCCGGCAAUGGAACGGGCGAUUCGAGACCAGAUCCACAAAAUCCCAUUCUCGGAAAUCCGGACUGAGUCUACUGUGACCGGCAUAUCGGAGAAUCCUGAAGGAGUGACUGUCGAGUAUAGGGACGCACAUGGGGAUAUUCAAAGAUUGACGGCUCCGUUCUUGGUGGGAGCAGACGGGAAGACGGGCUACGUCAGGAAGUGCUAUCUUGAGCCGAAAGGCGUCAUCAUGGAACGAUGCAAAGAGUCGGACUACGAGGAGACCUGGGUCGCAUUGAACUGGCAAAUCUCCCUACCCACCGAAAAGACUCACCCAGACUUUCCUCUGUGGAGGCUGGGGUACACGCCCGAACAAGUCUAUGAUCGGUUCUUCCCCAAACAGUUCCGGUUCCUCUGCAAUCCUAAGCGGCCCUCGGUGUGUGGAAGAUUCGGUCUGAAGUCAGAUCGGCUGUGGAGAUUCGAAUUCGUUGUUUUGGAAGGUGAAGAUGGUCACAAAAUGGCGACGCCCGAGGAGACCAGCAAAAUCAUUUAUCCUUAUCUCACCCAUCCCGGCAGCUGGUAUGGGCUCCAACACCCAGUCAUGUUCCCCGAGGAUUGCAUCAAGACCUUGAGAUCUCGGCCCUUCUCUUUCGUGGCACGAAGCUGUAAUAAGUGGUCCUUGGGAAGGGUCAUCUUAGCCGGUGAUGCGGCUCAUGUCUUCCCUCCGUUCGGCGGGCAAGGUAUUGCUUCUGGAUUCCGCGAUGCUUCCGCACUGGCCUGGAGACUGGCGCUGCUACACCGGCAUCCGACAACAGAUCAUGAAGCAUUGUUGACAGCGUGGUACACCGAACGCAAGCAACAGCUCGAACGCUCCCUAGCUGCCACGAUCCAGAAUGGGGCAUAUGUGACAGAAUCUGACCCCAUCAAGGUCUUCAUCCGCGAAUGGUACAUGUGGGCCGUCCAACUUGUGCCCAGCUGGAGGAAAGAACUCCAAAAGGGCGCCCGAGCACUGGGAAUGACAAAAUACCGAUAUAGCCCAGGCUUUGCAUUUGUGGGGGAGAUGGGAGGCGGCCUGCUUCUCCCGCAAAUCUAUGCUUUCAAUUUCAGGGAGAACAAGAUCGAAUUCACGGACGACUUGAUCUUCUCUUCCGACAAGAAGGGGCUUUUCCAGCUGCUCGUCUUGCCUGACAAAGUCAGCCAGGUGCAGUCUCUUACAAAAGACCUCGAGAACAUCAGUCAGCUCUCCGGCAACUUCAUUCUUGGUGAGGAAGCCACGAUCCUCAUUCAGUCCACAAAGGCAACGAUCUCUGCCGAAGACCUGCCCACCCAACAGGUGGCUCGAAUUGCAGCCGGUGACGAAUUCGCGGCAGAUUCGCUUCUAUGCAAGAACCGACCUCCCCCCAUCGGUUAUGAUGAGCUGCGGCUUCGCGAGGAAGUACGGGGCAAGAAGUACGUGAUUCUCAGACCCGACCGCUUUGUCUUUGCUGCUUGUGAUACGCCGACGGAGUUGAGGGAGGCCGUGAGCAAGCUUCCAAGCGCACUGCAUGUGGGUUGA